AUGGCACAGCAAGAAGUCACAAAAGCUGCGCCCGAGACGAGAGCGAGUUCCACUCGCCAUCAAUCAACACUACAUACAAGCUUAUCAUCCUUUGUAUCUUCUACAUCUACUCAAAUCAUCGCGCAUGCACCAAGUUUAGAAGAUAGUAUUAAAUUUUCAGGUGGUGCUGUUGCAGCUUUAGUGGCAAUGCGGUAUGCUGGAAGUUUACGGUCUGCUUGUAUUGUGGGUUUCUUAUCUGGAUUAUUUGCACAUUCUUUUUACGUGGAUGUGAUACGAAAGAAACGAAGAGAAAGGGAUGAGAAGAGAGAAAGACAAGGAGAGAAGGAUAGAGAAUUGUAUCCAGAGGAGGAGGAGGAAGAAGAAGAUACUGAAUGA